AAACCCUCCCAUGCAUCGGAAUGGUAAAACGACAAUGUGCAUGGAGGACCUUGGUACGCUGUGGAGUAGCUGAAGUUGGAGAAGAGAUCAUUGGCUAUAAAACCUUCGCAUUUAUGAGUGUUAAUGGGGGAUUAAAGUGUAAAUAGGUCUCCAUUAGCUCUGGGGCAGGUCAGACUCACUGACUGAUGGAAAUAGAAAAGAGGAAAAAGGGGAAAUCUUUUCGCUCAACCAGAAGCGCCAUGCACUGUCGCGGCAACAUUUAACGCUUCUUUUUUUUUUUUCCGGAUGAAAUGUAGUUUCUCGUCGUUCGGUGGACCAUGUAGUAAGUGUUUGUGCUUGCAUGUAGUAUGAUAUUGAGUCCGAUAUGUCUAAUGUGACGCCGAGUAAAAGCGUGGAAUGGCUGCAACUCGAGUUAGAGUCCGGAGGCACUUCUCUGCUCCUGCUGGACUGCCGUUCACAUGAGCUUUAUGAAUCAUCCCACAUAGAGACCGCCAUAAACCUGGCCAUACCGGGGCUGAUGCUCCGGAGGUUCAAAAAGGGCAACCUACCUAUCCGGACUAUCAUCCCCAACCAUGAAGAUAAAGAGAAGUUCAUAAGACGGUGCAAGACGGACACGGUCGUCCUGUAUGAUGAGUGCACGGUGGACUGGCAGGACUGUGGAGGUCCGGCGUCGGUUUUGGGUCUGUUACUUCAAAAACUAUGGGAAGACGGCUGUAAGGCGUUUUACUUGGAAGGUGGAUUUGUAAAGUUCCACAGAGAGUAUCCAGACCACUGUGAGACCCUCCUCGACAGCUCUUGUCCAAGCUCCUCUCCUCCUCUGUCCGUUCUGGGUUUUGGAAAUCUUCGGAUCAGCUCAGAUUGUUCCGAUGGGGAAUCUGAUCGAGAGCCGAGCAGUGCCACGGAGUCUGAGGAGAGCCCCAUUCCCAGCAAUCAGCCUGCCUUCCCUGUCCAGAUCCUGCCCUACCUUUACCUGGGCUGCGCCAAAGACUCCACUAACCUGGACGUGCUGGGCCAGUACAACAUCAAGUACAUCCUGAAUGUCACACCCAAUCUCCCCAACAUGUUUGAGCAUGACGGCCACUUCAGGUACAAACAGAUUCCCAUUUCGGACCACUGGAGUCAGAACCUGUCCCAGUUCUUUCCAGAGGCCAUAUCAUUUAUAGAUGAGGCUAGGUCUAAGCAGUGUGGCAUCCUGGUCCACUGCCUGGCCGGCAUCAGUCGCUCAGUCACCGUCACCGUGGCCUAUCUGAUGCAGAGACUCAACCUCUCUCUCAACGACGCUUACGACUUUGUCAAGAGGAAGAAGUCCAACAUUUCCCCAAACUUCAACUUCAUGGGCCAGCUCCUGGACUUUGAGAGGACGCUGGGGCUGCACAGUCCCUGUGAUAAUCGAUCCACCAGCAAAGAGCAGCUCUUCUUCACCACACCAACCAAUCACAACGUCUUCCAGCUGGACACGCUGGAGUCCACAUGAGGAUUGAUUGGACAGCCUUUUUGUUGUUUCCUGUGGUGUCUUUGAGGUUUUUUGAGCCUCUCAGAUGCCCAGCUAGCUGACACAAGCAGUAAGUCAGUUACAGUUAACUACACCAAAAUGAACUGCAUUGAUCUGUUAAAGUAUGCAGAGAACAUGCUCCAUUAGAUCCAGUCUCAAUGCCUUAAUACCUAACACACAGAUGCAUUCAGCUAUCCACCAUACAUGACAUUAAUCAGUGGUCAAGUACAGCCAUAACAACAGGACAUUUCAUAACUUUUCUAUUAAAUCAAGGAUUGUUGUUUGACUGUUAUUUGUUAUUCACCAGCUGUAAAGUGGAUGUUUAUGUAUUACUUUGUAUCAGUUAUGAUUAUUGCCUUGAUGGUCUAAAAGGAGUCUUUGGCCAAUCUGAUCAGAAUGUUUUCUGGGGACCAAUCCGAGAUAUUUUGAUGGUACUCUAGCUGAGGGAAAUAAGCUACUAAAGUGAUCCAGCCUUGAAUUAAUGUCCAGUCUUUCUUCUGAUGACUGUUGGCAGCUCUCUUGCAGUAGAAUGGAGUUACCACAAAAAGCAUUUCUGUUGUGCUUUCACUCGUAAUACCUUCGCUAAUAUCUGUUAAAUAGUUAUUCUUUAAAUACAAGAUCAAGUGGCCCCCUUAUGCGAAAUAUCAAAGUUAAAACAUAUUAUUCUUCAGAAACACUCUUGUACAUUCUGUUGCUUAUAACUGCAUUAUUUGCAUGUGAUUAUGUUCUACCAAGGACCCUGCUUUGUAACCUUUAGGUCACAUUUCCUGUUGUUGUUGAUGCCUUGACAAUACCUUAACAUUAACUGAUAUGUCGGUUACCAGGUCGAGGUAUAAUGUAUAGGACUGGCUUUUGCCACAAUUGAAAGGAACAAAUGUGUAAGUAAUCAGUGUAUAAAGAAAUGGAUGUUCCCCUUAUUUUUUACUUUGACAGUCUUCAGUCUGCAGCUACUCCUCCUGUGGCACAAUAAUGUUAAGGGAAACACAAUGUAUAAUUAGCUGUUCUCUUUUGCCAGUCUCGUCUCAGAACAAGUGAGUGAGUUUCAUGUAUGAGAGGGAAUGAAAGGAAAUGAGUUUGACAAAUGUGUUCUUACCUCACAGAGAGACAUUUUCAGGGAUUUUUAUACAAGGCAUAUCUCGUCAUGGCCUCCUAAAGUGCAUCCAAGGGCUGUUUUGUUUGGUAUGUUUGUAAAGAUGUACAUAAAAUAUGGUUGUUAUGGGGACAUUUUCUCAGAAUCAUGAAGGAUGCGAAUGUUGCCCUAUUUUGACUCUUAUGUAUAGUGUAUGUAAAGCUAAAUGUCCAAGACAUUAUGUACAAGUUUAUACAACAAAUAUAUUGUAUAUUUUUACUUGAA